AUGCGUCCCAAUCGCCUCUGUUUUUUGAAAUGGGGGCAUACAGUUGCAGCAGGCACUGUUGUGCCGCCACGACGGAAACGACAGUUUGUUAUGAAGGAGGGGCAGAAAUCACGCUUGAGCGGCGAUGGCAAGAAACCCUUCCAACCACAACAAGAACACUGCUCCUCCGCGUCGUUUUGCCCUCAAGGCGGCCUCACACAUAAGUUAUCGCAGCGCGAGAAGUACCGACUACACCAAGAACAGGAGGAGGCGGGUAUGUGUCGCCGUGGUGUACCCGGGGAGUGGCUCUCGCCCGUGCCGAAGCGUUAUGGCCUGUAUGAUGGCAUUGACGAGCACGGCUAUGAGGCGGCGCGGGUGUCCAAGGAGGACCGGCGGAAAAUGUUGCAGGCGGCACUAGAACGAAACGCUGCAUCUGUGGUAGAGUUUACCGACGGUGGCGAGGAAGAUGUUGACUUAGGAGGGAUGUCUGCAGACGAGUACCACGGGCAAACAGAUUCGAUGACGAUUCCAAGGGAUUCCGCUCUCUACAACUCCGUCUUGGCCCGGGAGGAGCUUGACUCGCGGAAGCGAAACAACUCCUGGACGAUGGCACGACGGCGGCAACAGGGCGGAGGGCGAAAUGUUAUGGGGAAGACACAUGCUACGUCAAUAAAUGAGGAGGGUGACACUGGAGUGAUUGACGACAAACGAAGGCAGCGCAAGCAGGAUGAGGGUUCCUACACUAGUGUGUUUGAUGAAAACCUGCUGGAGCCUAACUAUGAGAGUAUCGGCCAGCCCCGUUCAACCUACGGCAUGCGAAAAAUGUUUGUGGCUGGACUUACGAGUUAUCAAGGCGUAAUCACAUGCGAGGACGAGGCGCUUAUUUCCGAUGAGUUGUUGCAUUUGCUUCAGGAUAACCGUGCUGCGUAUAUUGCUGAAGAAACGCGUUAUUGUGUUAACCUUUACGAAAAGGAAUUAGGGAUACCCGGAAAGGACACCUUGGCCUUUGCUAUGAACCGUGCUCCAGCACUGCAGCGGGUCCUGGGGCAAUUCUUCCACCUUGGCCUUAUCCCCACUAUACCCAACAUUUGCCAGGUUAGUGAAAUGAUUGGGAAUUUUUCUGGGUAUCCAAUUCACAAGAAGCCGGCGACAAUUGGCCCGUAUGUGGGCAUAUUAAAUCUUGUUUCCACAACGAUUAUGCAUCUUCAACACCUAGAUAACCCGUGGUUUCCGCGACUGUACAUGAGCCCACGAAGUCUAGUCGUGGUAGAGCAGCCUUGCCUUGGUGAAUACAAGAUGGGUUACAAAUGGACUCAUCAGCCGUUUCACACCUUUGAGUACGCUACACGCGUCUCAAAGGAUUACCGUAUUGAAGUGAUGUUCGCCACUGUGGAGGUGGCACAAAUGCGGUGCCUUAGCGAUGCGGUUGGCCUGACUGAGUACGCAGAGGCGAAGCAAAGGGAGGAGGGGGCCACGGACGAACGAACACUGUUACCAUCAUCGUCAUCAAUACUGUCAUCAUCUAGCACAUUAAACGAUGGGGUGACGGCAUUCUGCGGAUCUGCUGACAAGUGGCUUGAUCGACUGAAUCGCCAGCUUCACGCCUCUGAAAGAGGUGCGGGGAGUGUGGAGAAGGGUGCCGCUAUCGAUGGAAAGGCCCUUCGGGAACAGUUGUUGGCCUCGGGCGGUAUCGGUGCGGAGGCGCGAACCUUCGCGACAUCUGCACAUCCUGUAGCUAACAUGGACGAUGCAAACCAACAGGGAAAGGAGAAAGUCAGUCCCACGCAACGUCGCAUGGCGGCGCUGAAGGCACGUUACGAGUUUGCUAAGCAACUAAAGGAGUCCAGGCCACAGGUGGUUUCUGGGGGUCUGCAUGUGAUGAGGGGACACUCGCCACGAAAACUUGAUUCCGCCUAA